UUCAAUGUUUCGAUUGUCAUAACCUAAAAAAACUUUGUUUUGUUUGAUGUGAUUUCCUUGCAAGCUAUUUUAUUAUUUUGAUUUUAUAGUAGUAUUCUAAUCCUCAUUAGCAUAGUCAUAUUGCAGCUAUGGCAUCAAAAGAAGGUGGAGAUAAAGGAAAGGGAGCCCAGGGCGCAGGAGAUGGAAAGGAGAAGAGAAGGAAAGAGUCUAUUUUAGAUCUGAGCAAAUAUCUGGAGAAGAGUAUCCGUGUGAAGUUCGCGGGCGGUCGGGAGGCGGCCGGCAUCCUGAAGGGCUAUGAUCCCUUGCUCAACCUGGUACUGGAUAACACUACGGAGUUUUUGAGAGACCCUGAUGACCCUUACAAACUGCUGGAUGACACAAGGCCGCUGGGAUUGGUAGUCUGCCGAGGUACCUCAGUAGUGCUAAUCUGCCCCAUGGAUGGUAUGGAAGCCAUACCAAACCCAUUCAUCACUCAAGAAGGCUAGGAUAGUGUGUGUGACUGUUUUUUGCAGACUCUGGUAAAGUGAUUCUUUUUACUGUAAUGUAAGUUUUCUUGUUGUAAGCUAUGUAAGUAAAUAGGUUUUAAGGAA